AUGACCACGAUCACAAAAUUAACCGGCAAUGGAUUAAAUAGCACUAACAGCAAAGCGGAAAAUCUCUUCGGUUGUUCUGGGGCUUUUGCGAGUGAAAUGCACAGUGAGUUAAAAUUCCUAUCAGUUUUCAACGCUAUCCUUGCCACUGCUACAAUUAUGGGGAACACUUUCAUUCUAAUUUCCCUUCGCAAAGUAUCUUCGAUUCAUCCGCCGACUAAACUCCUGAUUCGAAAUCUAGCAGCAACUGAUCUUCUUGUUGGCCUCAUAUCAGAACCUCUGGCGAUCGUUUAUUGGACAUCUUUAAUCACCGAGCGCUGGGAUAUCUGUCAUUACUCGUUUUUACUAGGAUUGAUAAUAGGGUAUGCUUUGUGUGGAGUGUCACUCUUUACAUUGACAGCAAUGAGCAUCGACAGACUAAUUGCUUUGUCCUUGGGGCUAAGAUACAGGCAAAUUGUAACUUUAAAGCGAACAUCGGUUGUCGUAGCUACAUUCUGGGUGGUGUGCCUGUGUUGGUCUGCUACUUUUCCGUACGUGAGGAGUUAUCAAGCAGUCAUAUGGGCCAGCUUAAUAAGUAUUAUUCUCUGUUUGAUAAUCUCGGUGUUAUCGUACACAAGAAUCUUCCUCGGUCUCCGUCACCAAGAAAAUCAAGUCCAUCAAAUACAAGGUCCGACUCCUGAGGAACUACCCACCCAAUUAAACAUGGCGCGAUACAAGAAAGCAGUGACCAGUGUGUUGUGGCUGCAGAUGACCUUACUUAUUUGUUAUUUACCACAUGGUGUACUAGCAGGUUUUUCGAGUCGCGGCCUUUCUCAGUCGAUAUCUUUUUUCAGGCAAUUCACAGUGACACUGAUUUUCCUUAACUCAACAUUAAACCCAGUUCUUUAUUGCUGGAAGCUUAAAGAGAUAAGACAAGAAGUUAAAGAACUUUGGUUGCUAAAACAUAUCUGCAAGUGA